AUGACCUAUAUAUCAAGCUAUCCAAAAUUCACCAAAGUUCUAGCAUCCACUCGACUAUCUUUUCAAAAGAUCGAAUACACUUUGCUGCUCCACUUCCCGUCUCCGUCGACCAUUCAAUCCUUUAUAACCAAGGCUACCCUGUUCCUGGCAGCACUCUUGGUCCCAACCUUCGAUCCUAAUUCUAGUGCUAAUAACAGCAAUAGACGAUUAGAAACCAGCAGUGGCCACACAGCCCCAAAGACCUUUUCGGCAGACAAACUCAAGCCUCUAUUGUUGAAUAAGGCCAGUGGGGUUGAUAAGAAUACUGGGUAUGAUGAGCCGUGUGAAAUAAGCUAUCAGAGAAGAGAACGCUGCAACUCUGCCAGUCUACGGAUAUUGUCGGCAGAGUACACAAUGAUCAGGGCAUCAAAACUAACAAGACCACGCACCUAUCGGUACAGCCUCGAACAACGCUCGGAUCCAUUUAUAAAAGGACGCAAGAGCAGAUUACACUAG